GCCUUGAGAGAGGAAGGAAGGAGGAAGCCGCCAUCUUGUUGUCGCGUCGCCUCCGCCGCCGCCAUAGUCCGGAGCAGACCCACCGAGUGACGGGCUAGGAGAUAGGCCGACACCCGGAGCGGGCGACCGAGCGCAGCAAGGCAGGCGCGAAAGAAGGGAAGAAAUAAAAGAAAGGAAGGAGGAAGGAAGGAGGAAGGAGAGAGAGAGCGAGCAGGCAGCAGGGCCGAUUGAAGUGAGUGGUUUUUGGAUAGAACUCAAGUUUGUCAGAAGACUUUUUUUUUUAAGAGAGUUGUUCCACAGUGCAAGUGACUGCUUUACUCUUGAGUGACUUUACAGGUGCUUGCCUGCGUUGCAAUAAAAGACUCAUAUAUUGAGCAGGACCUUAUUUAUCUCUUCAUCUUGGAGAGUCUAAUAAACUAUUACGGUUUGUGUACUCACAAAGUUUUGAAGUUGAAAAAGACAUCUUUAUAAAGCAAAACAUGAGUACAGCCAGAACAGAGAACCCUGUUAUAAUGGGUCUCUCCAGUCAAAAUGGACAGCUGAGGGGCCCCGUAAAACCCACUGGUGGCCCAGGAGGCGGGGGAACACAGGCUCAGCAACAGAUGAACCAGCUGAAACAUCCCAACACAAUCAAUAACGGCACUCAGCAGCAAGCACAGAGCAUGGCCUCCACUAUCAAACCUGGCGAUGACUGGAAGAAGACUUUAAAACUCCCUCCAAAAGAUCUGAGAAUUAAAACUUCGGAUGUGACAUCCACAAAAGGAAAUGAAUUUGAAGAUUACUGCCUGAAACGGGAGUUGCUGAUGGGAAUUUUUGAAAUGGGCUGGGAAAAACCAUCUCCGAUUCAGGAGGAGAGCAUUCCCAUUGCUUUGUCUGGGAGGGAUAUCUUGGCUAGAGCUAAGAACGGAACCGGAAAGAGCGGCGCCUACCUCAUUCCCUUACUUGAACGGCUUGACUUAAAGAAGGAUAACAUACAAGCAAUGGUGAUUGUUCCCACACGAGAACUUGCCCUGCAGGUCAGUCAGAUCUGCAUCCAGGUCAGCAAACAUAUGGGAGGGGCCAAAGUGAUGGCAACCACUGGAGGAACCAACCUACGUGAUGACAUAAUGAGGCUUGAUGAUACAGUGCAUGUGGUGAUAGCUACACCAGGGAGGAUUCUGGAUCUCAUCAAGAAAGGAGUAGCAAAGGUGGACCAUGUCCAGAUGAUUGUUCUAGAUGAGGCAGACAAGCUGCUGUCCCAAGAUUUUGUUCAAAUAAUGGAGGACAUUAUUCUCACGCUACCUAAAAAUAGACAGAUCUUGCUAUACUCAGCCACUUUCCCUUUAAGUGUACAGAAGUUUAUGAAUUCCCACUUGCAGAAACCUUAUGAGAUUAACUUGAUGGAAGAGCUGACACUGAAGGGAGUUACUCAGUACUAUGCCUAUGUAACUGAGCGUCAGAAAGUUCAUUGUCUCAACACACUAUUCUCCAGGCUCCAAAUCAACCAAUCAAUCAUCUUCUGCAACUCUUCCCAACGGGUUGAACUACUAGCUAAGAAAAUUUCCCAGCUGGGGUAUUCGUGCUUCUAUAUCCAUGCAAAGAUGAGACAGGAGCACCGCAAUCGUGUGUUCCACGAUUUCCGGAAUGGCUUAUGCCGCAAUCUUGUUUGCACUGAUCUGUUUACCCGAGGUAUUGAUAUCCAAGCUGUGAAUGUUGUGAUAAACUUUGAUUUUCCAAAGCUGGCAGAAACGUAUCUCCACCGUAUUGGCAGAUCAGGUCGAUUUGGCCACCUUGGGCUAGCCAUCAACUUGAUCACCUAUGAUGAUCGGUUCAACCUGAAGAGUAUUGAGGAACAGCUGGGUACAGAAAUCAAGCCGAUCCCCAGUAACAUUGACAAGAGCCUGUAUGUGGCAGAAUACCAUAGUGAGCCUGUAGAAGAUGAAAAACCUUAACUGCUGCGCUUUGCUUAAACACACAAGCUUAAAGCCCUUUGAUCCGGAUAUGUGAUACAUUGUUUCUUUCGGGAUGCCCUUCUCUUUGUGGGUUUUUCAUCUAUUGUUUUUGGAACUAUGAAGAUUAAAGAGCUGAGUUUUUUUUUUCCUUUUUUUAAAAAUCUGGCUGUGAGGAUGGAAGCAGAAAAUAGGAAGGAAAUACCUUUGUUUUUCCCACAUGUUUGCACUGUGUGCUGACUGAACAUUAGUUGCACUAACUGCUGGUUUUAAUUUCUUUCUUUGUGGUGGAGAAGAAGAACUCUGAAAAGAGAAGACUCCCAAAUUCAAGCUUGACUCUGCGAUUUCAGAUUCACCCACAGCCGCCUGACUGAGUGCAUUUCAACUUCUCCCCGGCUCCUCAUCUGUCUUUUAAGCUAAAGAGCUUGUUACUUAUUUGUGCAAAGUGCCUUAUGCUAUGAGACCAUUCAGAAUAUCACCCUUCAGAUACAGCCCAAGGAGUCAUUUUGGUUCAGGUCAAAGUCUCUCUCCCCACCUCCACUCCCUACCCCUCUCGCACACAAGCUGGGCCGGGAGGUGACACUUGUCAGUAAUACUUUUUUUUUGUUCAACUUUUUUUUUUAAUGGAGGAGUUAAGAUGCAGAUGCAGUUCACCCACUCUGUAAAUACGUGUAUUUAAACAAAAGAACCCGGACCACCUGGGUUGAUUUGAGUGCAACAUCAACACCCCAGGAGGAAAGAGCCACUUGCCACCCACCUGCAAUAUGGAGCCAUCCGAAAAGCCCUCCUUGUGCUCUUGUAGAACACUACAGACUGGUUUCCGUGAGUCUCCGUUGGUGGUCACAGCACUUGCUAGGUAGACUUGUCUCAGAGCCGUGGUGUUCUUUCCUUUCUGAAGCGUGUUCCACAGAAAAUUGGAUGUGUAUACUUGUAUAAACUCUGUAAAUAUGUGUUUUUUCUGUUAUGGGUUCAUAUAUAACUUUCUUUUUUCCUUUUUCCUGUUUUGAUGAAGUUUGCUGGGGUUAAAGGGAUUAUAGAUAGAUCUUGACAGCAGCUAAAGGUGAGAGGGGCUCAGUUUUCUGCAACACUACUCCAUGCCAAGCACUACGACUUCAGACCUGGAAGAGAUCUGGGGGUGGGGUAGAAGUGUGUCUGGGGAGCCCUUUUGGAGGCACACCUGGAUUCCUGCCUACAAGAAACUCCAGGAAGGUGGCAUCAGUGCUGGAGGGGGCACAGUCCUCCUUUGCCUUCUUGCAAGACAGAAAAGGACAUGCAAAGUGGAUUUGGGACUAAAAAGAGCAAAAACUGUUGACCAAUUCCAGAGUUCUCUUGGAUUGGGUUGCCUCUUUCAACUUCUUUUUGACUUUGUCUCAAGCCUGUCUGCCUAGAGACUGGAGCAGGCCAGGGCAAGCCCCUCCUUGCCCCUGCCCAAGCCUUUGCUCUCCUCUCCCUUCUCUGCUGCAGGUGGCCCGCAUGCCUUGAUUACGACAGGUAAAAGCUUUAGGUCCAAGUAGUGUUGCUUUAAAUUGUGCCCCUCCCAAUAUGCUUGAUGUUUGGCCUGAUCUGCAGGCAAAAGGAGUGAGUAAACUCAACCUGUAAACUUCUUAAGAAUUCCCUUCCAGCCUGACCAGCAACAGGCUGCCAGGAGGCACCAGGGCAAGCACAGACCCUCUUUGCUCAGACAUAGUCAGAAGCUGCACUUGCCACACCAUCCUGCUUUCUUGCCCCAAGGAGCUAAGUUACCCUGAUUUCUCCCAUGAUGGAAAAUGACAACCUUACCCAGCCUACUGCUUAGAGGUCUGUGCUUAGAACCAGGUGCUUCCUGGCAACACCUUUCAAAGUGAAAAUGUUUUGUCUAGUAACUCCACAGUAACGUAGCAGAAGCUGCACUAAAGUAUAGCUCCACUGCUGGGGACUUUACUGCAGCUGCAUCAGACUGGCAAGUACUCUGUGUGGGGUGGGGGGGAGGGAUGCUUUGUGGGUGGGAAAUUCUGACCAAAAGCAAAAUCUUGCUCUUCUGCUGCAGCCAGUCUUCUGUCUUCCUAGCAGAGGAAGGAAGGGGGUCAUUUUAGUGCAAAGGUGACAAGUGUGCAGAAAUCUAGAACCUCAUAGGAGCAUGCACACCUGACAUGGUGCCAUGAGUUGAGGUGGCCCCCAUGCCCUGUGCCAUGCUCAGCUGGUCACUCUUGAAGCACAGCAUUUUUAAAUGGAAAGUAUUACUUUAAAUGUGGCCUCCUAGCAGGGGAGCAGCAUUUGCCUAGAUUCUUGAGCGCCAAUCUUGGGUGGCUUUUGUUGGGUCAGAAAGCCACCUGGUGCUGGUUAGAAGCCCUCUCGUGCAUAGAGGGACAUGUAAAUGGAAAGAUGCUCCAGAUAUUGACUAGGUAGACCCUGGUCUCCCUCCCAUUUCCUCUUAAUCUGAAUAGAAACCCUGAAGAUUAUGGACUGGUUUUCCUAAAUUGCCAAUGUAGCUCCAUUCAUAUUCAUCGUGGCAGCCUAGAGCAAUGUAUUUUAUGUUGUUCCGGCUGGGUCCAAAGAGAAUAAAACACUGAUGUACCUUGUGGCUGGCUUAUUCCCCUGGAUUGUGCAAGGAGUAACCAAUCUACAUGAUAAAUCCCCCCAGACCUGGACAGGGGCAAAGCCAGGCUUGGGAUACUUCAGUGUGUUCUUUCCAGAAUGCCUGGCAGUUGCCAGAGAUUGCCCAUGAAGGUGGGUGGGGGUGGGUAGGUCUUAUUUGCCUUUUUUUUUUUUUUUGGAAAAAUAUCCAGAAUGAGAUGGGAGCAUCUUUCCUUCACCUGCUUUUGUGUCUGUUGUGGAGCUGGAUGAGAUCAUGUAAACAGGACACAAAGGCAGACGUGCUAACAUCGGGCAUCUCAUUCUUAUUUUUUAUUUUAAUUUUAUUUUGGGGCUGGGUUUACCUAUACAGGACCCGUGGACUCCUGCCAGUAAAGGGAGGCCUUGUGCGGCUUCUGGUGCAUGGCAUUGUCUUUGCCAUGGUGUGCCAUUGUUGCCAGCAGCAGGCUGACCUAUGCUGCUGGUGCCAAGCAUGCCAUGGGUUUGUGGGGCACAGCUACCAUUUCCCUGGCAGAAUAUGGAAAAGGUAAUCCCAAGUGGGAGCACGCUAGAUCUGCUGUGACACUUGUGAUGCGCCUCUGCUAUGCCAGGAUCUCCCUUUUGGCAGCAUUCCAGAGUUCUGUGCAGGGGAUGGGUGGGGUGGGGUGGGAUGCAGAAAUAUACAAAGAUAACGGCUCUGCUGUGUCUUAACCAGGAAUUGGGGGGGGGGUAUCUGGAAGAAAAAUUAGUUUCUAUUCCCCUUAUUGAAACAAAACUGGAAAACGUCAUGGGGAGGGAUGUUUUGUUUUCAGUUCAAGCAACAUUGUCUUUCAUUAGUCCUCGGUCCAGGCCAUGUUCACUGUGAACAGUGGGGACUAGAAUUUGGAAAUGGGAUGGGGUGGGGCGGGAGGGAAGAUAAAAAAAAAAUUGAACUGGUAACUGGCAAAUGUCCAGUAGAGCUCAUGUUUUUGGUUUGAUAUGUGUCUGCGUACACAAGUAUGUAAUAAAAGGCUGAGCAUAUCUGUGUCAGAGGGCAGAAGUGAUGGAUGAUAAAAGCCUGACUUACUUUUCAAGAGAGAAUUAGCUCAAUAAAAGCUCACUGGGACUCAA